AAAUUUAGCAAGUAAUAUAAAACAAAAUGAUCUUUUUUUGCUCAAGGCUCUUCAGCCGUAUACGAAGAGGUAUGGAUAGAACACACAUCGUAGCGCUCGCAAAAAAUAUCCUCCGCUAUACUAGCACUCUUGCUAUGGCAUAUCAGUAUCCCGGAUGUGAAUCCAUGCUCAUUAUAUGGAAAAGGGAUUUAUUCUGCAUCGAACCCGCCAUACAAAGAAUUUACCCUAGCUUCAUGUGGACACAUAUUUCACCAGAAGUGUCUCGAAAAGUAUCUGGUGAAUGGAGAAGUGCGAUGCCCGAAUAAGGAUUGUAAUAGAGAUAUUGAAACUUUUCUCUCUCCGGAUCUUUUUAAGGAAAAGGGAUCGCAAGACAAGGCUACAACCCCGACUACAGAUACUACCUCCAAGCAAGUGGAUUCAGGAGAUCAAACUCCCGUGGAUGAGGACGCUGAUGUAAUUCUUAUGAACGAACUAGGGAUAUUAGGCGGAGAGGAACAAAGUUCGUCCAAGACUACUGACCAGGCAUCAAGUUCUAUUGAGGCCACUAAAGAAACUUCUGACCAGGCAACCAGCCCUAUUGAAGUUGUUAGUACUACGCCUGGCAAUUCCAAAAAUGUGGAUGACUCGAUUUCAAAGGAACUCUCUAGCGGUCAAAUCCAACGCCCUAUAUGUGAGAAAUGUUCCGAAGAAAUCUCCAUAGAUUUCCAGAAAGAUACCGUCUUUUUAUCCUGUAAACAUGCUGUGCAUUUAGAUUGUAUUAACGAUCUACACAAAAGAUGUCCUACCUGUACUUCAGCCGAUGAUAUGGAAUCGUUUCCAGUAGAACAGGCUUCGAGUACCGCCCAGAAACGCUCUAGUGAUUUACCCGAAAAAUCGUCAAGUAAGAAGCAGAAGACAUCUAAUAAGGAAGGCGUCCCUUCUAUGCUGAAAAAACUUAUCGAAGAGUUAUUAACCGAUAAUUCCAAUAAUGAAGAUUUGGAAGAAUCGAAUGCGUCACUAAACUCUGGUAAUUUUUUUCAUCUAUCCAGUAUGAUAGACCAAGCCGAAGAAAAAAAUAAAGAUGCAACACGGAAUGUCAUCAAUCGAUAUUUCGACUUUGGAGAAGCUUUACACUUGCGAUAUAAGGAAUUAAAACCCAGUCAUGGUAAGUAUGGAGCUGAAGCUCUCGUUAAAGAUGAAGUUAGGAAACAAAUCUCCGUAACAGAACUUUCUG